ACAAGGGGGUCGGUACAGGGCGCCCGGCACAGGGUGUGCUCGAGUCCCAGUUCCUCACUUGGUUCGUUCAGCAUCUGUUUCUAACGCACCUCCUCCGGUGUGCCCGGCCCCGUGUUGGUCACCACAGGCCGUCCUGGUACUUCUGACGCCCCCAGUCUGGGCCAGCCUCCCUCACCUGCUCAGCUCUCUCCAGGUCACACAGAUCGAACACACACGCAGGGACAGAAGAUGAGCCUGUCGGUCCUGGAGGGCAUGGGCUUCCGUGUGGGCCAGGCCCUGGGCGAGAGGCUGCCCCGGGAGACGCUAGCCUUCAGGGAGGAGCUGGACGUCCUCAAGUUCCUAUGCAAAGACGUGUGGGCGGCCGUGUUCCAAAAGCAGAUGGACAGCCUCCGCACCAAUCACCAGGGGACCUACGUCCUGCAGGACAACAGCUUCCCGCUUCUCAUCCGGAUGGCCUCGGGUCUGCAGUACCUGGAGGAAGCGCCCAAGUUCCUGGCCUUCACCUGCGGCCUCCUACGGGGCACCCUCAGCACCCUGGGCAUCAAGAGCCUGGUCACCGCCUCCGUGGCAGCCCUGCCCGCCUCCUGCUUCCCCUGGGCCAUGCCAGCCUGGAGGAGACAACCCUUGACGACGGCCUGGUCUAGUGGUUUCGAACACUCUUCCCGGCACGGGAACCCAGCAUCCGGGGGCGUCACCUGUGUGGACUCUGCCAGGCUCUGCCACUUGCUGCCUGAUGUGGGUAAGUACCCCCACCUCAGAGCUGUACACCGAGGCUGCGACAGACCCAAAUGGGAGGAGGAGGGGGUCUCCUCAGUGGGUGGGGCUCCUCUGCAGGCACCCCAUCCAGCCCCUCCCCAGCGCACACAGCUGAGCACCAGGUCCCUGGCCUGCCUCCGUGCAUUUGCACAUGCCAUUCCCUGCCUGGCCCACUCCCCAAACUCCUGCUCCCUCUCCGGUGUCCAGCAGCCACCAGCCUCGGCUGCCCACCACAUCCCUCGGAGCAGUUGCUCACUCGCCUGGCGCCUGCAGCCCUGGGGGGGUGCUCCUAGACAGCCUUGUCCUGCCCUGCCGCCGUGUUUACUUGUUUAUGUCCCGCCGCGCUUCCCCUUGGGUCCCUCUGGGUCCCUCAGCUGGGUGCUGGCACUGUCCAGCACAGAGCCUGCAGAUGUUUCCCAAAUGAAUCGCAGUCAUUCAGCUAAAGUGUGCGCGUGCGGACGGGGUGGGGGGAGCGGGGGAUCGGCCCAGCCCUGCCCUCAAGAAGCUCAGGGCUGUCCUGGAGGUUCCCCCCCGAGACUCACCACGCCCCCACUCAGACACACCAGCCUGGCCUCCCUGAUGGGGCAGGGGUGCUGGGAGGGGGGCAGAGUCCUAAAUUGGCAGAGGACAGGGAGGAGGAAGUUGCUUGAAAGCCUGGUGAGGGGAGGGAGAAGUAGCCCAGGGGAGGGAAGGGGCAUAGCUGGGCUACAGGGGGCAGUGUCUGGUCACCGGGCACUGCUCUGUGGCUGCCUCCCCCAUCUCCCGGGGGAACCUCUGUUCCACCCAUCACGCCAGCAGCAGCCACAGGGAGACGGGACCCUGGAGAGCAGAGGGCGGCCCCCCCGCCCCACGCUGUGUCUAAGGUACCUCCUGCCCAGCCAUCCCCACCCCCAACCCCGCUCUCACCUCUCCAAGAACUCUGCAAGGCGCCUCCACCUACCCAGCACAAACCACUGCCUGCAAAGCCUGGCUCUGCCUCCCUAAGACCUGCGGCAAGGGACUCCAGCAGUCCGGGCCUCCGCUUUCUCAUCUGUAAAGGGGGCAUCACCCCCACCCCACUGGAGCGUGGCAAGGAGGAAAGAGGUUACUGUAGAUUAAAAAGCAUGUU